AUGUCAAAGACAGCUCAGCUCAAGGAGAAAGAGAGAGUGAUGAUGUGCAAUGUGGGAGUCACCAGGAGCUACAGGUUCAAGCACCGCGUGAGGAACGCUCCGUGCCCGGGACAGCUCCCAGAGGAACGUCCAGCUCUGACAGAUGCACGAGCCCCCACGGACCACUCCCGGUCUGGAGUGGAAAAACAUGAGCAAAAAAUUACCUUUCUGAUGGAAACCUUUCCCGCAGAAUUCGCAGACAAAAGGUUUGUAGCCGGCAUGGAUGCGCACGUGCGUGUUCAGGGUGGAGCUCCUGUUGAAGGCUUUCCCACACUGGCUGCAUUUAUGAGGCUUUUCCUUUAG